AUGCCCAGUUUGAAGGCCGAACGAAGGUUUUCCUGUCUGGAGUGCAACAGAGAGCACACGGUCAUAUGCACCAUAGAUAACACAAAGAACAAAGGAACCGCGAAGUGCACAUUCUGUGAAGCCACGUAUCAGUGUACCACAAACAGACUUUCACAGGCAAUAGACGUGUAUGCAGAGUGGGUUGACUAUAUGGAGAAGAAAUCAGCAAACUAA